UCUGUGAUUCAUUUCUGUGACAGUGAAAAAGGUAAAGAGAAGAGAAGAGAAGAGAAGCAGAGCCAAAGGGGGCAAGAAACAGAAUCGAGAGAGCUUCCUUCUUCUGCUUCUGCCCCUCCACCAAACUUCCAUGGCUUCUGCCCCCGAUUUCUUGCAAAUGAAUCGCUUCGACAUCGUCCAGAUUUAUCGUCAAUACUGUGAUAUUCGAUCUCAAAAUGGCUUUUGUUGUGGGAAUGAAGACUCCAGACAUGUCGAAACACAAAUAGCUAAAAGUUCAAAGGAGGCACUUGCAGCGCUCUUAAAAUAUGUGCAAUCAUCACUGCAGAUGGGGAACUCAAUAGUUUAUGAACUAUCGAAGCUGAUGUCAUAUCUAAAUUUGAUGGUAGACUUCUCUGAAUUUUCACGCUUCUAUGAGUUUGUUUUCUUUGUGUGCCGUGAAAAUGGUCAAAAGAAUAUCACCGUUCAUAGGGCAGUUAAAGCAUGGAGAUUAGUUUUGGAUGGGAGAUUUCGGUUACUUAAUCAAUGGUGCAACUUUGUUGAGAACAAUCAGAGACACAAUAUUUCUGAGGAUACUUGGCAGCAAGUUUUGGCUUUCAGCCGGUGUGUACAUGAAAAUCUGGAAGGGUAUGAUCCUGAAGGUGCUUGGCCUGUCCUAAUUGAUGACUUCGUCGAGCACAUGUACAGGCGUUCUAAUACAAUCUCAAACCUACAAUGUAAUUGUGGAGACACAGAAUCGCAGUCAUUUGAAGAUUCUCUUCCUGGGUUAAAGUUUUUCCCUGGUUUGAAGAGGAAAUUACCUGAGGACAUGCAAAUGGAUGGGAUGGUUUCUCUGGGUGAUUCUAGAACUGGCUUCAUGGAGCUGAGUCCUGUUACGAGCAUCAAGAAAAGUAGAUCUAUGGCUGGCAAGCCUGUGAACUUGGAGAUAAACUUACCUGCAAGUACUGCAGAUGAGAGCAUGGAAAUGGUUCGACAUAAUGGUGCUGUGGCUUGUACCAAAUCUCCUUGUGCUGUUGAAGGUUGUCUGUCAAAGGGGUUCGCUGGGCUUUUUUCGACGCGUUCGUUCUUGCGAUUGGAUCAAGAAAGGAAAGCAUCAUUCACGUAAGCACGGGUUGUUUAGCUCGUAUGAUUUUUACAGGUUGUAAUGUGGUUAUAUCUUUCUUUCUUUCUUUUUCUUUUUUUUUUUUUGGUUGUGAUCUAGCAUUUUUAAUUGGAUGAGUUGAUGAUUUGGCACAAAACUAGAACAAAGGAUUGAAUGAUUCUAAUGAGAAAAGAAGUGAAUGAUUUGGCAUUACGUUGUAAUUGGUCUAUUGCAAUUCACAAAUUGAAUAAAGAUUCUAUUCUUUUCAGUCCA